UCUGCUUCUUCAGACAUUCAAUUCAAUUCAUCCCCAUCAUCGCCUCUCAAGUAUGAAGAUGGAGUUUGAAGGUCUCUUCAGCCAAGCUCAAAGGCAGAAAUAUGAUUGCCUUCUUUUCGAUCUAGAUGACACUCUUUACCCUGUUAGUGCUGGAUUGGCUGCUGGAGUUCUCAAGAACAUUAAAGACUAUAUGGUUGAAAAGCUUGGAAUUGAGGUGGAAAAGAUCCCUGAAUUGUGUAACCUGCUGUACAAGAACUAUGGUACUACAAUGGCAGGCAUUCGGGCAAUUGGGUAUGAUUUUGACUAUGAUGAAUACCACAGUUUUGUUCAUGGAAGAUUGCCGUACGAGAAUUUGAAGCCUGAUCCUGUUUUGAGGACUCUUUUACUAAGCCUGCCUAUUCGCAAAGUUAUAUUUACAAAUGCUGAUGAAACCCAUGCUGCUAAAGUUCUGAGCAAACUUGGAUUGGAAGAUUGUUUCGAAGGAAUCAUCUGCUUCGAGACUCUGAACCCAGUUCAUAAAAACACGAUUUCUGAUGAUGAGGAUGACAUAGAGUUUGUGGGAUCAACAUCAUCAUCUUCCUCAAGUAGCAACACAAAUGAGAUAUUCGACAUAAUUGGACAUUUUUCCAAAUCUAAUUCAACCGCAGAGUUACCAAGGACACCGGUUGUCUGCAAACCAUCUGAAGACGCCAUUGAGAAGGCUCUCAAGAUUGCCAACAUCAACCCUCAAAGAACGCUGUUUUUUGAGGACAGCGUCCGAAACAUUCAAUCUGGGAAACGUGUAGGCCUUGACACGGUUUUGGUUGGGACUUCCCAUCGAUGCAAAGGCGCAGAUUACGCGUUAGAAAGCAUACACAACAUGAAAGAAGCGAUUCCGGGGGUGUGGAAAGUGGAGAACAAGGUCGCGGAUGGUGGUUAUAGUUCGGGGAAAGUGGUGGUGGAGACGUCGGUCACAGCUUAAUUUGAAGUGAUUAAGACGAGAUUUAGAGGUGUCUUGGUGUCUUAAUUAGAAGAAUAUGUAUAUGUAUAAUCUAUUAUUGGGGGGGUUAUGAUCGAUGAUGGUAUUUUUGGUGAUCAAACUGGUUGUGUCGUUGUCAAUUAUAAAUAAUAAUAAUAAUAAUAA